AUGAGGGAGACCAGCAGCAACACCUUGAACGACCUCCACCGCUACGACAUCGCUCUCAACUCAUGGACCGAGCUCACAGGUACCACAGGACGCUCGCGCCACACGGCGAUCUGGGACGAGAGCGGAGACAGGAUGAUCGUCUUCGGAGGCUUGGACAGCUCAUCGACUCGCUUGGGGAGCCUGUUGAUCUACGAUCGUGCGACUGAUGCAUGGAGCACGCCCGCCGCAACAGGUCCAGCCGCCCGGGAGGGGCAUGUCGCCGUCUGGGAUCCAAGCAGCCCUUCGGCCAGGAUGUGCUGCGGCUUGUCGGACACCACGACGCUGGGUGAUCUCUGGAGCUACGACGGCGCUUGGACACAGCUCUCCCCGUCCGGCAGCAUCACCGCCCGCAGGUAUGCUUCAGCUGUUUGGGACCCAGCGGCCCAAGCGAUGCUGGGCUUCGGUGGCCGAGGAAGUUCCCUGCUGGACUCGCUGUUCCUGUAUUCCAGCACUGCCGACAGCUGGAGCGAGUACACUGUUUCAGGCCCCGGUGCGCAAGAACAAGGCGCACCCUGA